AUGUACUCCCUGAACAUGCCUGUAUCAGUCAUCCGUACCAAGAUCCGCCAGGAGUUUGAGAAGCACCGCUACGUUAGCCAGCUUCCCGUUGUGGAUGUCCUGCUCUUUCAGAGUCACGCCGAGUUCCAGGAAACCCUCAACUACUGGAAGCAGCACUCUCACGUCAUGAAGUACUUCCGGCCAGAAGAAGACCCCGGUGCGCGGCUACCACCCAACUUCGUUUCGGGCUUCUUGGAAGGCCGUAACUGA